UAUCUCUAACAGGAACAACCACAUUCUCUAGGAGUAAAGUAAGUAAUUUGCUUUUCUACUACAGGGCAAUAUAACCAACUAAGACUUUCUCGAUCCAUGGUUUUUCAAGACACACUUCCUAAGUAAUUAAGUUCUAGAGAGAUUAAGCAAGCAGAAACUUUUAAAACGGGAAUUGCAUUCCAGAUCUAUUAUGUAUGCACACAUGGAUAAUGCAAGUGUCAUAUCCUUAAGUACAAAACGAUACUGAAAAACAGGAUUUUUAAAAGGAAGAAGGUAUACACUGCUGCCUUGGGUUUAAUACUUCUGAACCUUAAUAUAUUCAAGAGAAGAUGAAAGACCGCCUUCAAGAGCUUAAACUAAGAGCCAAAGAACUACAAUUAUUUGAAGAGAACAACCAUGCUAUUAAUGCUAUUAGAGAGGAACAAGGAGAAUUUGAACAAGCAGCUGUUAUUUUUGAAAAGGAGCCCAUAACUGAAAGGUACUUGCAUGAAAUACAACAACUUCAUAAUGACAUUAAUCGUUUGGCAACGGAUGUUCAAAAGUUUAAUCGGCAGCAGAAAAGUUUGAUGGCUUCCAUGAGAAGAUUCAGUGUGCUUAAAAAAGAAUGCAGCAAUACAAAAGCAAUUAAAGCUCAAGCAGAGCACAUUAAUAAAGGCUUGGAUGAUCUUUCAAAAAUAGUGAAGAGGGAAGAAAAAGAAUAUAGCUCAUCAUCUGCCCUUAGAAGAGUCCUCCGUUCUCAGCGUGCAGUCCUAUUCCAUCGUUUCCAAAACAUAAUGAUUAUGUACAAUAAUGCCAUAACAACCAAACAAGAAAAAUGUAAGGAUUUCAUUAUGCGUCAGCUGGUAGUGGCAGGAAAAGAAGUAUCGGAGGAAGAACUAACUAAUAUGGUUGAACAAGGGAAAUGGGAGAUCUUCAAUGAAAAUCUGCUCACAGAAGUCAAGAUUACUAAAGCCCAGUUAUCUGAGAUUGAACAAAGACACCGAGAACUGGUCAGUCUGGAAAAUCAAGUGAAAGACUUAAGAGGCCUUUUUUUUCAAAUCUCACUUUUGGUAGACGAACAAGGUGAAAUGAUCAACAGCAUUGAAAUGGAAAUCAUUAAUGCUCAGGAUUAUGUCCAAAUGUCAAGAGAAAAGUUCAGGCUGGCAGCUAAGUAUCGAAAAAAGAAUCCAUGCAAAACAUUGUGCUGUUGGUGCUGCUCCUGUUGCAAAUGAUUUGUCCUCUGGGCAAUUAAAACUAAAUAUUUAAUAGGACUAAAGAUGUUAUAGGGAAAGUGGGUUUGCUGUACUACUAAGAAUAUGUACAAUUUUUUCACAUGAUAUUUGCUUUCCUUAGUUCCAUGUCUCUAAUGCAGAAUUUGCUGAGAGAAGAAUUCACUAUACACUGAAAAUAAGAAAACGGAUCGCAUCCAAUGUUCACCAUGUCCUAUUCCUUGCCACAAUUGUGAAGAGGGGAAUAGUCUUGUCCUUUCUAAAUGCUGCUUUAAAAACAUGUGACACAAAGGAGUAUUAUUAUCAAUGCAUUAUGAUAUUACAGGUACCCGUGAAGCAGCUGUUUGAGACAAGAGUUACAGGAACUGGGCAUGGUGAA